GGAUCAUCGUUCUCACUGAAUUAUGCGUCUGAGUCUGAGCCUUCUCCUGACACUAUUGACAAUGACAGAAUACAGAGCCGAUGGUUUAGGCCUGUUUGAUUCCAGGCUGUCUAAGAAUGCAGAUAUUGUGCAGCCUGUUGUGAUAUCCGCCUUCAGCAGUGACAGGCGCAGACACAGGCUGUCAGUAGCUUCCAUUCCCGACCACGUCAUUGUCAAGGUCAACUCCAGGGGAAAUGACCUUGACCUCUGGGUGACUCGUACAGAGGACAAUACGGUCAACAUAGAGAGCUACAGUCUCGACAAAUCUGGCGUCAGGAAGGAUUCUGCUGAGUUCUCUCUGAAGGUAAGUAGGAGAUGAUCUCUUCUAUGAUUCUCAUAGUACAACAUUCAAAACUUUAGAGGACAC